AUGUCAGCCUUCACGCUAUCUGCGAACACCACGCAUCUCGCGUCGGGCGUCGCCCUUCGCGGCACCGCGCUGCGCGCCGCGACGAAAACGACGCGCGCGCACGACGGCGGUCGCCCUGGCGUCGUCACCACGCGCGCGUUCUUCGGCGGGUUCGGCAAGAAAGCCGCGGCGGGGACGCCGUACGUCUGCAUCGACUGCGGGUACGUCUACAGGGGCCAGCAAGGCGAGUUCAAAGACCUGCCGAGGGACUACAAGUGCCCGACGUGCAACGUGGGAAAGAACAGGUUCAAGGUGUACCGCGAGCCCGCGGCGGCGGGCCCGAGCGGCGGCGGGAACAGCGCGUACGCCGCGAUGGCGGAGCAAAAGGCUGCGAACCGCGCGGCGAUGGCGGCGAAGAAGAAGAAGGGCGGCAAGUCGCCGCGGGAGAUCGCGCGCGAGAAGAUGAUCGCCGCGCAGGAGGAGAAGGACGCCAAGAGAGGGGGAGGGUUCUUCGGGCGCUGA